ACUCCCUUCCCGAGACGCAGAGCCCUGCAGAGCCUGGUGCCGAGCGGCCCCCGUGCCCACGGAGGGCCGAGGCUCCCGGAGGCCCCGCGCGGAGCCAGCAUGGGCCUGCGCGAGUCGCCCUACCCCAAUGGCUGCCUGGCGGGCCUGGACUCCGCGCUCCGGGCGCUGCUCUUCCCCACCUACUGGCUGCUGAGCCAGAUGCUGGCCCUGCGGCGCACCACGGCGGAGAAGGCGGCCCAGCGGGGCCCGGCCUACGCGCUGCAGGUCCUGGGCAGGGGGCCAGCCCUGCUGCUGCUGCUGCUGCUCUCCGCCCCCCUGGCGCUGCUGGCCUUCCUGGCAUGGCUGCCCCUCCAGACCGCGCGCCGCCCCUUCGCCUACCAGCACACGCCGGGCCGCGGCCCACCGGACGCCUGGGAGCUCCCCGGCCGGGGCCGGGCCCUCACCUUCGUCACCUGCAACGUCUGCCUCCUGCCUGAGGGGCUGGCCAGGUUCAGCAACCUGGCGCACACGCAGCGGCGGGCCAAGCGCAUCGGCCAGCUGCUGGCGGAGGCGUCCUGCCUGCCGCACAAGCCCGGCUCCGGCCAAGGCCCGGGGGCCCCCGGCAAGCAGAAAUACGGGGCAAUGGACCCCAGCCCUGCCCGGGCGUGCCAGAGCCUCCCGCGGGGCGACGCCGACGUGGCCAUCGAGAUGCCCCCGGAGGAGGGGGAGGCGGUGGCGCAGGGGCCGGGCGAGAUCACGGCCCAGUUCCCCCCCGGUGCGGACUUCCUGUGCCUGCAGGAGGUGUUCGACCUGCGGGCUUCGGCGCACCUGCGCCAGCUCCUGGCCCCACGCUACGAGCACCUCGUCCACGACGUGGGCGUCUACGGGCUGGUGGGCUGCUCCACCCUGAAGCUCUUCAACAGCGGCCUCCUCCUGGCCAGCCGCUACCCCCUGCUGGCUGUGCGGUACCACUGCUACGCGGCCAGCGCGGGCGAGGACGCCUUCUCCGCCAAGGGGCUGCUCUGCGCGCAGGUUCAGCUGGGCGCUUCGCAAGGACAGCGGAUAGUGGGCUACCUGAACUGCACCCACAUGCAUGCCCCGGACGCCGAUGCGCAGAUCCGGUGCGAGCAGCUGACCUUCAGCCUGCGGUGUGCGCAGCAGUUCCAGGAGGCGCACGGCUUGCCGGGGGACGUCGUGGCCUUUGAUGUGUACUGCGGGGACCUCAACUUCGACAACUGCUCCUCAGGGAACGAGAGGGAGCAGGGCCACGAGAUCUUCCGCUGGUACACCGACCCGUGCCGCGAGGGGCCCCGCAAGGACAAGGCGUGGGCGAUCGGCACCUUGCUGGACUACCUGGAGAUCUACCGCGAAGCCGUGGCGACCCCAGAGAGCAUGCGCAGGACGCUGGAGCAGCCCUCCGGCCGGGAGAAGUACCUGGCGGGGCCGGUCCUGGCCAACGGGGACCCCGACCCCUCCGCUACCUCGAGCAGCGGGCGGCGCAUCGACUACAUCCUGUACCGGGAGCACCCCGGCCCCGUGGCGCUGAAAGCGGCCGUGGAGAAAGCCUUCUUCAUCACGCAGCUGGCCACCUGCUCCGAUCACUUGCCCUUUGGACUGCGGCUCAGGCUGACCUCUUCUGCGCGGCCAGAUUCGUGAACCCUGCCACUGCCGGGCGAGGCGUGCCGGGCCCCGGUGCAAGCUGCAAGGCAACAGUUGCCCCCCGGCCCUGCCCUGGAGGGCCCACCGAGUCCUGGUGGGCUCAUGCACCAUCGCCCGCAGCAUCUGCCCUGGCCAGAGAGUCUGGCGGGGAGGACAGGAGAGGAGAGGAGAGGAGAGGAGAGGAGAGGACCUGCCCCAGAAGCGGGGUCCUCUGAGCACUGCCCCGUCCAGCGCGCUCCGCCGAUGUGGCCUCAGGACUUCUUUGCUCUGCUGUCCGAGGUGUAAACUCGGAUGUGGAGGUGUGGACUCAGUCACCACAAGGCAGCCUGGCCAAUAUUUGUCUUUUAUAAUCCUGCCUUUCGGGUGGGGGAGGAACCAGUCAAGCCAGUGCACAAAAGAGCCAAACGGUGAAAGGGUAUAAACCGUCGUGGGGGCAGGCAGGGGCGGAGGCUGCGGUGAGCUGGUGGAAGGCCGGCAGCGGGGGGCAUCCUUGGACGGGGCCUUCCCAUCAAGGACACCUGGGUGGUUGAGGGCCAGAGGCCCCUUGCGUGCGGAGUGGCCUUCCCCGCGCUCCGAAAUCAGCCAUUGUCAUGCGCGGCCUCGGCUGAAGUGCCGCGAGCCCCAAACCCAGCCUUCUGAACAAACACGAUGUUUCCCUUCCUUUUGCAUCAUAGAACCGAAAGUAAACAGCCACACGUCGCUCGUAA